UGAGCCACCGAGCCCCGCCCCAGCCUGAUCCGCCAGUCGCCGAGUCGCUGCGCCUGCCAGUCCGGAAGCCAUAGGAGGAGGAAUUUAAGGAUGAAUACUGGCCAUUGUCCUUCUCAGACCUCCAAGCCGCGUCAUGCUUGCUCUCCGAAGCGGCCUGGCUAGGGCCUUGUCCCCGCGGACGCUGGCGCCUCAGGUAUGUUCAUCUUUUGCUACAGGCCCCAGACAAUAUGAUAGAACAUUCUAUGAGUUUUGUACUUAUUGCCUUAAACCUUCAAAGAUGAAUGAGUUUCUGGAAGAGUUAAAGAAAAACAUACAUCUUCGGACAGCUCACUCUGAGUUGAUUGGAUCCUGGACUGUAGAAUUUGGAGGCAGAAUAAAUAAAGUGUUUCACAUUUGGAAGUAUGACAAUUUUGCUCAUAGAUCUGAGGUUCGGGGGGAAGCUGUGGCCAAAGAUAAGGAAUGGCAAGAAAAAUUUCUCAUCCCAAAUCUGGCUCAUAUUUAUAAACAAGAGGUUGAAAUUACUUAUCUGGUGCCAUGGUGCAAAUUAGAAAAACCUCCUAAAGAAGGAGUCUAUGAGUUGGUUAUUUUUCAGAUGAAACCAGGAGGGCCAGCCCUGUGGGGUGAUGCAUUUAAAAGGGCAGUUAAUGCCCAUGUAGAUCUAGGCUACUCAAAACUAGUUGGAGUUUUCCACACCGAAUAUGGAGCACUCAACAGAGUUCACGUUCUUUGGUGGCACGAGAGUGCAGACAGUCGUGCAGCCGGGAGACAUCAGUCUCACGAGGAUCCCAGGGUCGUGGCAGCUGUUCGGGAAAGUGUCAAUUACCUAGUGUCUCAGCAAAAUAUGUUUCUGAUUCCUACAUCAUAUUCGCCAUUGAAAUAAUUUUCCACUGAAACACGAAGCAUUUCAUGAACAAGCAAAGUGUGUCUGCUAAUGGUGCUUAAAUUUUCCCAAGAAAGUCUUAGUUUUAUUUGGAGAAAGUAGUAAGUUAAUUUGCUACAUCUCUGCAUUUUUAACGCUACCUCUGCCUUCUGUCACUACCACCUCAGGAUAGUUCUCUUCAUUUUCCUUACAGCAUUUUGGUGUCUAUUAUAUAUUAGAAAUAUAUAUAUUUAUAUAUACUUACAGGGAUAUAUAAGUAUAUUGCCACUACUUCAUGAUCUUGAUUUUUCAUUUUUUUCAGAAUAUCUUGUUCUCUAUUUUAACAACCCUUUGCUUGAAAGUAUUUUCUUAUAUUCAUAUGAUGAUUUACAUUUCUGUGCCAGACAAUAUUUUUAAAUUAUUUAUAUACAAUGUCUAUCUUUUGAUCAUGUCUGUUUUAGGUGAGAUUUAAAAAAAAAAAAAAUUUGCCCAGUAAAAUUUACUUCACAACAUUAAAUGGGAUUCAUCAGAAUAUUAGAUCAAAUGUAUUUCUUUGCCUUGAGAAGGUACAGUAUCACUUGUAUCAUCUGAAUUAAUUAUAUUUUCACAUUAAUUAUUAGUCACUCAUUUGGAAAUAAAGUAACUAGGUCUGUGUUUUUUAAAAAACUUCAGAAGACUUGUAUUUGCUGAAAUAUGUGCAUUUAUACUUAGUUCUAUUAAUUUUUGUUCAUUUUGGAUAACUGUUUAAUGAAGAUCCUUGGGACAUUUAUUUGUUUUAAAGACAUCUUUAUAUUUAUGGAAAUGCUUGCCCUAAUAAAAGCCUACAUAUGCAUUCUGGGA